GGGCGGCCGCGGGCGGGGUCGGUGCGGCGGCCAUGGCCGGGGGGCGCGGGGGCCGCGGGGCCGCGGGGGCGCUGGCGGAGCCGCGGCGGCUGAUGCGCUGCGGGCUGGGGCUGAUCGUGCUGGGCCACGGCAGCCUGGUGCUGGGCGCCAUCGUGCACGGCUCGGUGCUGCGGCACGUGGCCGGCGCCCGCCGCGCCGUCACCCCCGAGUACGCGGUGGCCAACGUGGUGUCCGUGGGCUCGGGGCUGCUGAGCAUCGCCGUGGGCAUCGUCGCCAUCCUGGUGUCGCACAACCUGUCCCGGGCAGCCCUGCACUGGACCCUGCUGGGCGCAUCCCUGCUGAACUGCCUGCUGUCCGCAGCGUGCAGCGUGGGCCUGGCGCUGGCCAUCGCGCUCACCGUGCACAGCCGGGGCACGCACCUCGUCAGGGGCUGCAACAGCGCCGCGCUGCCCGCAGACGCCCGCGCGGCCAUAGCGACCAACGACUGUCCUUUCAACACCACCCGCAUCUAUGACACAGCCCUGGCGCUCUGGUUCCCCUCCAUGCUGCUGGCGGUCACCGAGGCUGUGCUGUCGGGCAGGUGCUGCUUGGUGGCCCUGAUCUUGCGGGGCAUCGGUCCCUGCGCACGCAGCUGUGACAAAGAGCAGCUGGCCGGGCCGAGCGCCGCGCAGGAGGGGCCGCGGGAGCUGCAGCAGCUCCUGCCCGGGCGUGCCGACACUCGUGUGUAGCUGCCGAGGGGAGCGCGGCCGCGCCCGGGGGCCGGAGGGACGGGAGCUGCUGUCGGGAGCGGCCCUGCCACGCUGGGCCCCCAGAACAGCUCUUCCCAAGCAGGGGCUGCAGCCGCUGCUGGGGGCCCAGCGCCCCGUCCCUGCCGCGCACCCCGCGCUUGCUCCCUCCCCGGUGACGCUGCGGAGCGCUGGGGCCAGCGAGGUGACGCGGCGCCCGCACCGCGCUCCUGCCCCACGUGUCGGUGUGGGGGGAGGGGCUUGUGGGGGGAUGUGCCUUUGUGCUUCCCCCCAGCCCCACCACCCCACCUGGGACAGACGCUGCAGGUUCCAGACGCACCGCCCGGGCCACCUGGCGGCCUUGGCCCAGAGGUGCUGUGGGGCCGGGACGCUCUCCCUCUCUCUCCCCAAGACGCAGGGCCCAUGAUGGCCCAGGAAAGGCUCCAUCGUUCCUGUACGCGCAGCGAGGACACAGCCAGGCUGGCCUGGGCCCCGCGGACCUGGUGCAGAGCGGGGUCAGCUUUCCGUGCCAGGGCCCAGGCCAAGGAGCGGCGGGUGAAGAACCCGUGUUGUCGCCUCUGUCGGUUCCCUGAGUGAAUAAACUUUUCAUUCUCA